AUGGAUGCGAACGCAGAAAGGGCAUUUGUCAACCAAUGCCGCUCUGGGUUCCUGGAGCGCAUAGCGCAUGGCGGCACCGAGCUGUUUUGCCAUCGCAAUAUCGUGUGCGGCCAAUGCGACUUCUUUGAGAACGCGCUUAAGCCUGGAAGGUUUAAGGAGAGCUUCACUGGGAUAGUCGAGCUACAGGCCGAUCCACCGCGGGCCAUCGAGGCCCUGAUGGAGUUCCUAUACAAACUGGAUUACUCGACGCCUCCAGAGCUCGCUCAUGCAGAUCAAGCUCUCUUUCAUCUGGAUGUCUACAACGCCGCGGAUUUCUGUCAAGUCCUUGAACUUCGGACAUGGGCAGACCAGAAGCUCCACCGGGUAAUUAAGAGCCAAUGGACGGAGAUCAUCCCGGUUAUCCCGGAGCUGGCGAGCGUUCUACGCAGGCGCCAUGAGGAAGACUCGUCCGGGCAACCGGACAGUCUGAAAGCUUUGUCCUUCUAUUGCGUUAAAAGGUCGUUCACACUCCUCGAUGAUGAUAUCUGGACCGGACUACACAGGGAGGCGCCCGGGUUUAUGGCAUUCAUGGCGGGCUUCUUUGAGCUUCUGUGGAAGUCCAAACGACACCUCUUACUCGCUGGACAAUGGCUUGAUCGCCUCGGUGGUGAGCACGCAGUUGUAAGAGACGAGCUCUUCCGUUGCAAGGCCGGCGAGCGGUGCAAUUUCAAAGCGGCGGGAAACGGCAUGUGGAAGCAGCAGCAGAGGAAGCUUGACGGCGGGCCGGCAGGUAUGGGUAGAAAACCUAUCUGCGAACACGGUUUCAAAUCUGAGGUAGAACAAUGA